UUCAAAUUGCAGCUUGUACAUGAAUCUGACCUCUAAAAAGAAGAACUGUGAGUUUGAUUCAUGCAGAAAUGGUCCUUGCUCUUCACUAGAACAAGCUGCUGAUGAAUGCAAGAAGGCUGGUUUCUGUAUUGACUGGAGACGACUGACUGAUGGAGGCUGUGAUGUGACAUGUCCAAAAGGAUUGGCUUACAGAGAAUGUCAUAACAAGCUGGAUGACUUCUGCAAUGGAGGGAGAAAAUAUCCAGGAGCCUCCCUCGAGAAAAACGAGGCAGGCUGUUUUUGUCCCAGCGGCCUCUUCAGGGCAGGAAAUCACUCUGACAUCUGUGUGUCUGACUGUGCCUAUUGUAAAGGACCACUCGGUGAGCCCAAACUGGUGUGUAUCUUUUUUUCUUAA